GACAGCCGGUGUCAUUGUGGCACAUAGUGUGCAUUCAGCAGGCCAUUAAAGUCUAUGCAGAUUAUCCUGUGCACUGUAAACAUUACUUCAUUCAGCAGCUAACUGCAGUGUGCAUGGGAGAAAAUACAACCGAUAUGUAACUGCUGUUCCUUUAAUAACAGACAUUGCUCUGUCUGAUGUAGGUAAGCAACACUGCAAAGAAUGUCCAACAUUCUGUCCUGCUCUCAUCCAGUAAGGAAUCCAUGGUGCCCCUGCGCAGGCUGCAGCCGCUCUUGUCUGCCUGGUUUUAUGAAGGAUAAGGACAUCUGCAGUUGCAGAAGAGGAGUGCGGGGGCCUUGGCUGCCUCUCUGGGCUGUCUCUGCCUGACUGUGUGUAAGAGGCAGCACUGCAUUCACUAGCUGGUGUGUAUAACAGGAGCAGUGGCACAAUGUCCUCGGGAAAGAAUCACCAGCACAGCCAGUAUAAUGGAACAAAAGGCCAGCAGAUGCUGUUCUCGCAGGCAUACCCUCAUGAACUUCAUGGGAAAAUGUGUAAGAAGAUAGCCCAGCUAACCAAGGUGAUAUAUGCAUUAAACCUCAAAGUUGAUGAAUAUGAAUAUAAUAUCCUAUCCCUAAAAGAAGCCCAUCAGGAUGAAAUUGAUCUUAUUUCCAGUGAGACCAAGGAGAAGUUUCUUCAGUAUGAAAGCAAAAUAGGAGAAGAGCAGCAUCUGCGCCAGCGCAUCCAGAGUCUGGAGGAGUCCCUUGAGAAAAAUAACAUGAUAAAGGAGCAAACCUUGGCUGAUUUUGCUAAGUACAAAAGGCAGAUGGAGGAAUGGGAAAGUAGGACUAAAGCAGAACACAAUGAAAGGAUCUCAGUAUUAUCCAAGGAGAUGCUGUCUAUGAAAACCGACUUUGAAACCAAAGUUAAGCAACUGACGGAUGAAGCAGAUUCCCUUAGGAAAGAGUGCAAGGCUUCUGAAAGAGAUAAAGCAAUGGAGACACUGAAUGAGAAACUGAACGCAGAGGUACAAACGCUAAGCCAGGAAGUGCAGAGCCUCAAAAGCCAUAACCAAAACCUUGCAGAGGAGCAUGAGCUGAAGGUCAGUAAGUUGCACACUAGUUACAGCAAGGAGAGGGAAAACCUGAGAAAGGCUCUGCAGCAGUCAGUCACAGAGAUGAUCAAACAGCUUCAACAGAAAGAGCAGGAACAGAAGAGAUGUGCCCAGGCCAAAGAGGCAGCCAUGGAACAAGAACUAAAGCAGCAGAAAGAUGAAAUACAGAUCAAGGCACAAGAGCUUCAGGACAUGACUAAACAUUUGCAGCAGAUUAAAGAAAGCAUGCAGGAUGUGGAAGUGCAGCUACAACUAAAGAAUCAAGAAGUGACAGAAUCAAAGUCUAAACAAGCGCAAGCAGAAGAGGAAGUCUCAGUUGCAAAGGACAGACUGCUACAGCAAGAGAGUGCAAUCCACAGCCACACAGAACAGAUGAAAAUGAUGGCAAAUGCACAAACUGCAGCUGCCGAUGAAAUAGCGGAAUUAAAGCGCCAGUUGGUUCAGCUGCAACAACAGAAAAUGCCAACUAAAGCUGGGGCUUGCAGGAAAGAACACUCCGAUGCCUACUCUUCAAAACAGCCUCUGAAAGAAUACGCUGCGCAAAAGCAAGAGAUCAUGAGGCAGCACCGAGAAGAGAUCGGCAGAAUUAAACGGCAGAAAGAUGAAGAAAAGAAGCAUCUGAAAGAGCAGCUGGUGAAGAGCCUGGAAGAUUUAGCCAAGAAUCACACUGCCGAGAUAAAAGCAAUGAAAACAGAAAGAAUAAGAAUGCAGAAAGAACAACAAACACAACUGGAAGAAGUAAAAAAGAAGUACGAGCAGCAGAUAAACCAGUUGGUAGAGGAGCGAGAAGCCCUUCGUGCGAAACACCAACACGUUGUAUUCCAGGACCAGUCUGACCUAUCCAGCUCCCUUUCAUUUAAUGGUGAAAUCAAGGGCAGUAUAAAAGCACCCACAGAGGCUAUAAAUACAGAACUUACACGAUGCACCUGUAUUUGCCAUUCUAAGACAGAAGACCAUCAAGCAAAUGUGCUUCCAGUUCAGCAGCAGAAGCCUGCCCCUGAGAGUCCCCUGGAAGAGGAAAAAGAAGAAAAGUCCCAGAUCCAGAUCAAAAAGCUCAACAGUGAACUUGAUAAAUGUGAAAAAGAAAUGUCCCGGCUGGAGAAGGAAAACUCGAUUCUGAAAGAUUCAGUGGAACAACUUAGUAAAGAGAUAAUGGUGUCAAAGCAAGAAAUGCUGGAUUUCCAGGAGAAACAAAGCAGAACAAAAGAAGAACUGAAGUUGAAGCAAAAUACAGAGCUUGACAAAAUAAUGCAAAAUCAUCGCCAGGAGAUCCAAACUAUGGUGUCAAAAUUCAGCACCUCACAGACAUUUCUACAGUCAAAGAUAAUCUCCCUGGAAGCCGAACUUAAAGAAGCAGAAGAUAAGGCGCAUAAGCUUCCUAGGCCAGAAGAUUUACAUCUUAUAAACCGCUUGCAGGACAGAUUAACUGAUAAAGACCAAGUUAUAAAACAGCUCAUGGAAAUACAAAAAUAUGAUGAAAUGGUGGAGACAGAGACCCACAGAAGUCAGUCAUUUUCCUGCAACCCCAGGGAAGCGGGAAGUUUAACCCCAACACUAAAGAAAAAGAAGAUCAGUGAAGUGCCCACUCGUGUUACCAGUGUUCCAAACCUGGCCGCUUACGAGAAAUCUUUUUCUGAACUGUCAUCCAAGAAAGGAAUCAAUCCCAUGAGAAGCUCCCAAAGUUUAGAUCAAAGUGUGAAGCCUGGUUACCCUUUCAAACACCCAUCUCUUCUGCUGGAUGUCAUCCGGCCAAACAGGAGGAAUCCGGGAGGUGUAUCGGCAAAGAGAGAAACAAAGGAACAAGAGUCCAAGCGGCCAGAGUGGCUUGCCAAGUACUUUUCAUUCUGAGAGCAGUGGAAAUGAAAAGAGAAAAAAGCUGAAGCUGUUUCAUACUCUAUGCACAUACUGCUGUGAGGGUUGUGCUCUUAUGUAACAUAAAGCUCCAAGUACUGUUUACAUAACAUAUUUUUGGAUUGCUGCUAAAGGCUCCCUGUAACUAAAGGCUCCUGUUCUGCUGCUGGUGAUAGUUUCUGUAUUUCAAUUUAAUUUGACCCAGGUAAUAUUAUUUUUGUUAUUUACACUGCUCAUCAAACAGAGGGGCAGCUCUUUCAAAUGAACACAAUUAUAUGUAGCUUUUACCAGCUUUUUAUUUUUCUUAUUUAUCCCAUAUGUAGAGAAAAACUUAUUAUGGGCACAAGACUUUCCUCCUCCUUAUAGACCUGGCACUUUGGAGGUUUCACUGGGGUUUAUAAAUCUCUGUACAUUACUGUGGGUUCCUCAGCUAUACAGCGAGGUUGGUGGUGCCAAAUUCUGCGCGGGGCUAUUUAGAUGGGGUGUGUACACUGUGAGGCAUCUUGAUGAAGGUUAGAGAGAUGAAACAUUGAUUUUGCACAAAUAAAGACAUUUUUUCAAAGCAA